AUUGAGCAUCGAGGAUAGGGAUCGGUGGCAUGUUGCCGCAAUUAGAUUGACAUGUGACAAAGGGAUAAUAGGAGCGAGCAGAUGCGUAGAAGCGAAAUUUAUCUUUCAUAUAUCACGCGUGUCCGAGACGUAAGAAUAACAGGCUGAAUUUGUUCGCGCGACAUCGUAUACGCAUUCGCACGGGACGGUAAGGUGAUGGUACUUUCGCGCGCAAUUUUUCAUGAAUUCGAGAAAUAAAAAAAACAUAAAUGCUCGAAAGUUUCCCUUAAAGUUCAUUGUGAAGUGCGCCGCAUAUAUUUUGUGCCUCAUUGUUAUUAAUGCUCAGGAUAAUUGACUAACAGGAUUGUACGCAAAUACAACCAAUAAUGUCAUCGAUUAACAGUAUUGAUUCCCAUGAGACGCUACAGUGGGAUAUGAUGGAAUUAGCUCGUCAUUUGCGUCAAGAAAGACUGUUUGUCAACUCAGAACAGCAAAAUUUGCAAACUCUUAAUGAACGGGUUUUAUAUAUAUCGUCGCAGUUAGCACAGCAAGCAUGGGUAACUGCUCAACAGAGAGUUAAUUUGAAUCGUUUGAUAGUUGCAAGGCCAGAUUGCACUCCAGCAUCAUGUUGCCUAAGAGCGAAUGCAUUGGAAAAUUCACAUUUCAUCGAUGCGUAUAAGUAUCUGCGUUAUCAAGCAUGUUUAUCUUAUGGAGAAUUUCUGGGUGCAUUGCGAAAAUCACCCAAGCUUCUCGCUUUAUGUUUGGUCGAAGGAGACAAAAUCAUUCCAGAAUCAAUGCCGACAAUUGUGCAGUGCUUAGCUGCUGGAUUGUAUGGCAGCUGCUUAUUGCCAGAGGAUAAAAGUUUGGUUCUUCGAUUGCUCAGGCAUCUUAUGCUGCUGCAAAUAAUUCCGUCUGACAAUCCACGAAGAUUACUCAGGCAUGGCACAUGCGCAUUUUCCAGAUUUUAUUCGAUCUUUCACGAAAGCCUGUUUUCUGCAAAGCUCUUCUUAACAGCAGCUUUGCACAACCCUAUUGUGCAAUUACUCAUGGAAGAUGAAAUGUUUCUGGAUGUUGAUCCAGACAAAGCGCCUAUUAGAUUUCCACCUGCAGAAAGAUUAAAGAAAUUCGGGAAAGAAGGUACACCUGAAUAUCAAGCAAAGUUACAACGUUACAGAUUGUGGAUAGUCAAUUCUUUAUAUCGUAUUACACAGAGAUUUAUUGUCAAUAUUCGCGAAACAAUGCACUGCUUUCCUACAAGUGUUUGCUGGCUUGUAAGACAAAUGGCAGGACUUUUUAGUAAGAAUGGAAAUGUAGAUCCAAAAGAAGUUCAUGCUAUGUGCACUGACCUUGUAUUUACAUAUUUUAUUUGCCCUGCUAUAGUUAAUCCCGAACCUUACGGUAUCACUGAUGCACCGAUAAGUUAUGUCGCGAGAUUUAAUCUCAUACAAGUUGGACAAAUUUUACAAAUGCUUUCACUGCAGAAGUAUCAAAGUAUUGAUAAUAAGGUUAUUGAUCUGUAUAAAAAAUUCGAGAAAGAUUCGGUGUCUUCCAUAAUAGACUCAAUGUUGGACGGUGCGACAGAAGAAUUGGAGGAGGAACCAACACUGAUUGACAAUAACAAACUUCAAGGCCUGUCACGAUCCGCAGCAUUAUUUACGGAAAGUGAAUUGAAUUCCUUAAUUACAUUUUUAAAUACGAUUAUCAAUGAUAACAAUGCAGAAGCAAUAUCGCAUAAUACAUUUGAUAAAAAACAAUUAGCAGAGAUGCUGUCACAAUUACCAUCCGGUUUAUUGCAUAAUAAUAAAUUGAGUAAUGAAUAUAUGGAAACGCCUAACAAACGAGGUGUUGCUACAGGAAAAGGAAAGGGACGUGGUAUAAGAAUGACUACAUUUUCACCGAAUGUAACAACUGAAAAUGUAGAGGAAACUAAUGGCACUUCUACUCCUGAAGAGGAAAUUUUGGAUAAGAAUUCCCAAGAUGUACUAGUUAUACCUUUUGGUCCAACAAUUGGAGAAUCUGUAGGACUACUCAGUGAACAAAAAGUUUUAUGCAUGGAGCUCCAAAGUGGUAUGGAGAAUGGACCUGUGACCUUGAAUCUCCCUGAUGAUGCAUCUACUGAACAUACUAGACAAGAGAGUAGUAAUGGUGAACGCAUCGAAACGCAAGAAAAGAGGACUCGAUUUUCGCUAUCACAUGACGAAGUAUUGUUCGAAGGCUCGAUUGGUAAUACGUCCGAUAACUUGGAAGCUGUAUCAGAGGCUGCUUCCAAUCACAGCGUCGCUUCUUCUCUAGAGUUAGAGACAGAAGAUCAGAAUGAUAAUCUCUCUGACAUGGUGUCUGCUAAUGUAUCAGGGAGAGGAACUCCUAACAUAUCAGGUCGAGACACACCGUCGUCCCAAAUUACUGAAGGAGAUGAUGGACGUGCUGUAGGUGAAGUGAGGCAAUUGGAUUUGCCGCCACCUAAUAUCCCAACUAAACAAAGUCGAUCUGAAAUUGAUGACAAAUUUUGUAAAUUUGAAAUUAAAAAGCUUAUUGAAGGAGAUGAGACUGUUUCUAUGGUAUCCGAUACUUGGUCUACAGAUGUGUUGGCCUCAGAUAGCGAAAUAGUUGAUCAAGAUCGAUUAGGUUUUCUUAUCCCUCCUGAACAAGUGGUACCUGUUCUGCCUCCUGAGCCUACACCAACUAUGUUAGACAUUAGUGAAACCGCUUCUGAAGCCUGGAGCACAGACGUGUUGGCCAGUGAUUCAGAAAGAUUGACUGAAGUAGAUACUGAUGAUACUGCUAGCGUUGCUAGAUCUGACGAUACAGCUAGAUCCGAAAUAGAAAGUCGCGCUGACUCUGAAGGAAACGAAGAAACGCUUCAAUCCGCCACUCCGUGUCCAGAGACUUCAGGCAUAAAUUUUUCAUCACUUUCGGGAAUUCGAGAAUAUCCUGACAUAGGGACUUCAGUGGUAAUUCAGCCAUCACCGACAACGUCUCCGUUACCUUCAUCAUCUAACGUAACAGGUCGUGGUGGAACCAAGUCUGAUUAUCGACGUAGUACAAUGGAAUAUGUAGAUAAAAAUGCUAAUAAUAUAAACAAUACGGAUUACGGUAAACCGUUACGGGAAGACAGGCUGGUCCAUUUGAUAGAUAAACUUCACAUUGAUAAUGGUAAGCAAGUCGAACGUCAGACAACCGCGCACAAUCACAUCGCUGCAGCCGCAGUCGCACCGGCAUUGCUGUUAGCUAAUCAUAUUUCUGCGCCUGUUUUGCCAGAAAAGUCCCAGAACGGCGACGUGAAAACAGAGGAGUUGGACAGCUGUAUGGCGUCAGUCGGAGAUACCGUAGGCCGAUUGAGCACGGCUAGUUUAACAUCUAGUAGCAGUUCCGGAUCGGAAUCGCGUAUCAAGAGUAACAUUUCAGCAUCGGAUUUACCGUUACCAACGCCAACAAUUAAUGGCAAUUGUGACGUGAUAGACGGCUCGAGUCCCAACUUUUCCAAACCAAAUGCAUCAACGGGAGCGAUUCCAAAGAGCAUAAGUUUUGACAUGACUGCAGAGCGUGGGGACAAAGAACUGUUGGAUGACGAUCAGAAGAACAAGCGUGGCUUCUUUGGUAAAUUGAAGUUGUCACUAAGAAAUCGUAGGGGUAAAGCAAUUCGCGGAACAGACGAAAGAUGCUACGAUCGAGAAGCUGCUGGUGAUGGUGUCGAUAUAUGCAGACAUAGAAUACGCAGGAUUAUGUCGGAGGAUGUGACAUCAUCCAAUGUCACGGGUGAUACUAUCGAUGACAUAUUAGCAAAGUACAGGAGAAAACCAAGUGCGACUAGUGACACGGCCUCGGUUGAGAGCAACCAAUCUCGCACAAAAGAGGUAGAAGACGAAAGGCUUUCAAUCGAUCCAAAUAAUGUAGAAUUGUCUUAUGCUUUUGCGGAUGCUAAAAGAAAAUUACGUAUGGUACUUAGUACCGCUGACCUACAACACAUUCCAUGGAAUACUUCUGAGAGACACUGUUGGUCACAGAAAGAAAACGAUUUGGUUGCGUUUUUGCAACUACAAUUAGCAGAAGCUAUAAAUUUGCAGGAUAGAGCAUUAAUAGCUCAUCUUCAUGAGACUUUACGUUGCGUGCGUCUGUUUAAUGAUGAUGGAUGUAGAAAACUCUUUAAAUCGCUUCGAGAGGAUUAUCAAAAACGAUCCCCUUAUAUCGCUUAUUUAAUUAGAUGUCGUCAAGGAUUGCUGUCGACGUUAGCUCACCUAGAUAGAUUAUGCGUGCGAGUUAAAUGCGACCGGGAUGCUAUCAAUAAUCAUCUUGUAUCCGUUUGUGUGAGGGUAUUUUUGGAGAAGAGAGAGGCUUUUCUUUUGCGUUUUUGCGACGAAUUUAAAAAGCUUACUUUAGCUGACGAGAAACAAGAUCUUGUAGAUAAUUUUCUAGGAAAAGUCCAUGCCGAAAUGGACAACGAUCCAAUCUGGCAAUCGGCGAGCGCUAAUCAGUUGGAGCUGGCAAGAGUCGUGGUGGAAAGAACCGUCAUGGCACGAGUGUAUCAUAAUGCGCUUUAUCCAAACGGAGACGGAGAUGUAUAUAGGGAUCAGCUUCUUCACGAUCACAUUAAAAAAUUGGCGAAGGUUGUAAGUCCAAAUCACAAGGACCUACGCAUUCCAAAGGUUUACCAUUAUGAAUGCCCCUGGCCAUGGGCGCAGGCUGAAUUAGCUGUGAUAUCGGCGUAUAAGACUCCUAGGGAUAAGCUUCAGUGUGUAUUUCGUUGCGCGACUACCAUCAUGAAUCUUCUCUCUAUGGCGUCAGAAAGAGGAAUACCUGCUGCCGAUGACUUGAUUCCAGUUCUAGUUUAUGUCAUAAUCAAGACUAAUCCUCCAUCAUUGCUGUCGACUGUCCAAUACGUGGAUAGCUUCUAUGGGAACCGAUUGGAGGGCGAAGAACAAUAUUGGUGGACGCAAUUCUGCUCCGCAAUCGAGUUUAUUAAGACGAUGGAUUAACAGUUUCUCAGGAGUAUUAUGAUAAAUAAGAUUAGAUUUGAUGCUGUGGUGAUAAUGUAGAAAUGUUGUAUCAUAAUUAUAAUUUGACGAUUUCAUAAAAAAAAAGAAAAAACAACAGAAGACCAAUAUCUUGCAUAAAGCUAACUGAAUAGUUUCAUGCUCCUCCGGGUAUCUUGAUUAAAAUUUACAAAUAGCAAUCUAAUUAUUAGUUCUUUCGCACGUUAUUACAUAACAUUAGCAGAGACUGAAUAUCAGAUUGUAAUACGUAAAGUAUGGCUUUAUCCUUAUUUGUAACUCUAUUGUACAAUUUCACAAGACAUCGAAAAAGAAACGUUUAGAUAUUAUUCUAUAAUUUAUGUGUAAACAAUACAGAACUUAUAGGAUUGAUAAUCACUUAGCAGGAUAAACUGUGUUGGAAUACUUUUUCUAUAUUGCGCCCCCUUUCCCCUUGGCUGCCCCAAACACCGAAACACCGUCGUAGAUCGUGAAGAAUAUCGCUGCUCUUGUAGCCACUCUUACUCAGAAUGUGCAUCAAAAUGUUUACAAUCGAGAUCUAUAUGAAUUGCGUAUAUAAAGAGCAUAAUAAAAUAGAUUAGCUUCCGCAAA